GGUCUCUGCAAACGGGCUGGCCCAAAUGAGCCCGCCCACUUCUCCUGGAUCCUCCCUCUCCCCAUCAUUGGCUAGCCGCUUUCUUCGGAGGAAUUUAAAAAGAGAAAUAAGGUUCGUCAGCUCAAGAAGCCAGAAGACUGCCGGACGCACCUGCCCUCCUGCUGACAUGCCGAUCUUCCGAGCGAUGGCUUCUUACGGCCUCCUACUCUUCUUUCUCCAAGUCAACCUUCCCUCCGGCCGAAGCCGGCAAGUGCUUAAAAACGAUGCCGCGGAGUUCAUCCCGGAUUUUCUGGACAAGACCUUUGGGGCAGCGGAGCAGCCAGCGCAAGCGGCGUUUGCGUACAACGAGAGCGAAAUCACCAACAACCGAGCCCAGCAAGGGCGGAGGAAUUCCCAGGUUUCUUCGGGAAGGAUGGAACCCCUGCAGUUUGGCUGCCGUGAAGUCUAUUCCACCCGCUACAUCACCAGUGGCCCUUGCCGCAGCACCAAGCCGAUUAAGGAGCUUGUAUGCUCUGGCCAAUGCUUGCCAACUCAUCUCCUCCCCAAUUCAAUUGGCAAGGGGAAAUGGUGGAGGCAGCGUGCCAUGGAUUACCGCUGCAUCCCGGCGCAAGGUCAAUUCCAACGUAUCCAGUUAACCUGCCCUGGUGAGGAUAUUCAGUUUAUCAAGUCCAGAAUCAUCACUUCCUGCAAAUGCAAGAGAUACACUCGCUAUCACAAUCGCUCUCAGCUCAAGGAUUUCAGCAAGGAGACCACUCGUCCUCAGAAAAACAAAAAACCUCGGGUCCCCAGGGCCAGGAGCAGCAAGACCAACCAGGUGGAGCUGGAGAAUUCCUUCUAGAUGGAGGCUGUUGGUGAGACCUCAGCCCAGAAGAGUAGAGAUUUUUGCUUCACCCACCCUCUCUUUUUGAUGGCACUGGAAUCAAAAUGGGACUGAGCGAAGGGAGGGACAUGGCCAUCAUGGCUGCUUUCCCAACCAGAGGUUCAAAAUUGGUGUGGCUGAAAGCUACCAGCUUUGGAUGAGAGCUCCAAGGGGGAGGGAAGAAUUCAAAUUGAGCAGAUGGUAGCAGUUCUCAGUCUGAGAGAGGAGUGAGUCAGAGAUUAGAGAGGGUUGCAUUGUCUAUAACAUUGAAGGGGGAGGCAAGCUCUGUGCACUACUACUUUUUUUUUCAAGACUUCUUUGUCCUUCCUUAAUGGACAAAGGAUUAGCAUCUCUCUAGCAAA